AUGGGCUUGCGGAAAUGUAUUGGUUCGGGUACGACUGUGAGAAUCACUGAAGACCCUUGGCUUCCUAUUGUAAACCGGCCUACACCAGUCCCAGUUACUCCUGGACUCGAGAACUUCAAUGUGAGUAGCCUCUUCCAAGUUGGUUCCUUAAAUUGGGAUGUUGAUGUGGUUAGAGACUUGUUUUCUCCUACUGAUGCAGCUGUAAUUCUUGGCAUCCCAAUUAGCCAUACUACUUAUGAAGACACCUGGUAUUGGCUAAAUGAGAAGGAUGGCUUUUAUUCUGUUAGAAGUGCCUACAAGUUAAUCCAAGAUUAG